GCUGUCCGGACACCGGGCUGUCCUGCCGCGGUUUGUGCUGCCUGAUGGCUGCAGUGACAACAUGGUAUGUGGUAUGUGGUGCUUUCUGUGCACGGCCCAAGCCGACUGUUCACCUAACCUCAAUGUUAAAGUGACACCAAGGACAGUGAUGUUGGUGGAUGGAGGUUGGUCGUCUACCUUAGCAGCAAAGGGUCUGUUAACUUUCAAAGAUGUGGCCAUAGAAUUCUCCCAGGAGGAGUGGGAAUGCCUGGACUCUGCUCAGCGGAUGUUGUAUAGAGAUGUCAUGUUAGAGAUCUACAGCAUCCUGGUCUCUGUGGGCCUUUCAGUAUCAAAAUUAGAGCUACUCACCUGUUUUGAACAAAAUGAAGAACCCUCCAUCACAGGCAUAAAGGAGUUAAAAGGCAUAGAACCAGUCCUGUCUUGCUUUCAUAACAAGGAACUGUUCAAAAUAGAGAGCAAACAAGAAUCCGCCCAGAGAGAAGGACCAGGACAAUUUGGAAGUUCCAGGCUUGGAAAGUUACACGUAAAUCUACCUAAUGACACGGACUGCAAUGUAGAUCAACAUAAGACUGUGUGUGGAAAUCUAGUAGGACAUGAAAGCCAUCAUUGGUUGGGUAUUUCGGAAUACUGCCACAGAUAUCAGGAAGAUAAUAAAGGCCUUACUACAGAUGCUGCACUGCAUAAUAACCACAACAGUCAGUUUGCAGAGAUUGCUUACCAAGGUAACGACUCCUGGAAUACCUAUAAACAAGAUGUAACUCCUCGUGAAGGACAGAGAAGUAAUUGUUUUCUGGAGAAUUGUUACAAUAAUGACAAAUGUACGGAUGUCCCUGGUCAGUGCACACAGUCACCUUUGUACCAGCAGGACUAUAGCCAAGAGAAGCUGUCCACAAGCAGCCAGCAGGAUAAAAUUGCAAAUGAGUCUUCAAAUUGUGGUCAAUGUACUGAAAUUAAGGCUAGAGGAGAAUUUAACAGACAGAGAUAUGAUAAGUACAGCAAAGUCUCUGUUGAAUCACCAAGCAUUGAUAGGGAUAAGGUAAAUGAUAUUCAAAGAAAACCAUGCCUGUUUAUGGGGAGUGAUAAAUCCUUCAAUUUAUAUUUAAAUAUGACUCAAAAUGAUUCAAGCCACACUAGAGAGAAAACUCAAAAAUAUAAAGUAUAUAAACUGGAGAUUACCUCUCCUACGAAACUUGUUGGGCAUCCGAGAUCCUUUGUUCAACAAAAAUACAGGAAAUCUGGGAAAUGCUCCAGGAGUUCUUCAGGCCUCAGUAGACUUAAGAUGCUUCAACUUGGAGGAACGCCAUGCAAAUCUACAGAAUGUGGGAAGUCCUUUUCUCAGUUCUCAGGCUACAGAGAGAAUUAUACAAUCCAUACUGGAGAAAAACCUUAUAAAUGUAAAAUAUGUAAAAGGUCUUUUACUACAGGUUCAUAUCUGCAAGCUCAUCAGAGAAUCCACACUGGUGAGAAACCAUACAGAUGUAAAGAGUGUGGCAAGUCCUUUACUCAUGGCUACUCUCUUCAAAUUCAUCUAAGGCUUCAUACUGGAGAGAAACCUUACAAAUGUACAGACUGUGGCAAGGCUUUUGCCGAGGGCUCAACUCUUAAAUCCCACCACAGAAUCCAUACAGGAGAGAAACCCUACAAAUGUAAAGAAUGUGGAAAGUCCUUUGCCACACGAUCAAAUCUUCAAGGUCAUAGCAGAAUUCAUACUGGAGAUAGACCUUACAAAUGUGCAGAUUGUGGCAAGUCCUUUACCAGCAGAUCCUGUCUUCGAACACAUCACAAAACCCAUACUGGAGAGAAAGCUUAUAAAUGUAAAGAAUGUGGCAGGUCUUUUGCCGAGGGCUCAACUCUUAAAUCCCACCACAGAAUCCAUACUGGAGAAAAACCCUACAAAUGUAAAGAAUGUGAAAAGUCCUUUGCCAAACGAUCAAAUCUUCAAGUUCAUAGCAGAAUUCAUACUGGAGAUAAGCCUUACAAGUGUGCAGAUUGUGGCAAGGCUUUUAUCAGCAGCUCCUGUCUUCGAACACAUCACAGAACCCAUACUGGAGAGAAAUCUUAUAAAUGUAAAGAAUGUGGCAAGUCCUUUACCCAGCACUCCCAUCUACAAACCCACUACAGAAUCCAUACUGGAGAGAAACCUUACAUAUGUACAGAUUGUGGCAAGUCCUUUUCUAAUAGCUAUUCUCUUCAAAGGCAUCACAAAACCCACACAGGAGAGAAAUCUUAUAAAUGUAAAGAAUGUGGCAAAUCCUUUUCCCAGGGCUCACAUCUUCAAGCCCACCACAGAAUACACAGUAGAAACAAACCUUGCAAGUGUAAGGAAUGUGGCAAGGCUUUUGCAGAGGGUUCAACUCUUAAAACCCACCACAGAAUCCAUACUGGAGAGAAACCCUACAAAUGUAAAGAAUGUGGCAAGUCUUUUACCGAGGGCUCAACUCUUAAAGCCCACCACAGAAUCCACACUGGAGAGAAACCUUACAAAUGUAAAGAAUGUGGCAAAUCUUUUACCAUGGCCUCAGCUCUUAAAAUUCAUCACAGAAUCCAUACUGGUGAGAAACCUUACAAAUGCACAGAUUGUGGCAAGUCAUUUACCCAGCACUCACAUCUUCAAAGACACUGCAGAAUCCAUACAGGAGAGAAACCUUAAAAAUGCAAAGAAUGUGGCAAGUCUUUUGCUGAGGGCUCAUCUCUUCAAAAACAUCACAGAAUCCAUUCAUAAGAGAACCUUUACAGAUGUAAA